AAGUCGACAAAGAGGACUGGAGUGAUGUCGGUGGUUAGUACCACAGUGGGAGGGGGUGCAUUUUACUAAACAAGCUACUGUACAUGUUCCAGACAUUUAGCACAUUGGAGACAUUUCAAUCCUCCGCUGUAAACACGGUGCCACUUCUCUAAACACAACAGUAUUUCGGUGGUUGCAGGUUUUGCUGAAAACAAGCGGUCAGAGGGACUGGAGGAGGAGGGAUGCCAGUGUAGAUACCAGCUGCACCAAUUUGACAUAUAUUUGCAUACAGAGCUGCUCGGUAGCACCAUUACUGCUGUGCUGAUCGUUCCAGGCGUUCCAGUUUACUCUGCACGUUUAGAUCCAUCUUCAUCCUCCUCUUGGUAAUCCUCCUCCUCCUCCUCCUCCUCACCGCUGCUGGGUGAAGUGCUGAUGCUCCGGGCUAACAGGAUGGAGGAGUUUGUGACCGAGGAUGACGAGUCGUGGUACGAUCACAGAGACCUGGAGCAAGACCUGCAUUUGGCAGCCGAGCUGGGAAAGACCCUGCUGGAGCGUAAUAAGGAGCUGGAGGACUCGCUGCAGCAGAUGUACAUUACCAAUGAGGAGCAGGUGCAGGAGAUCGAGUACUUGUCCAAGCAGGUGGAGAUGCUUCGGGAAAUGAACGAGCAGCACGCGAAAGUCUACGAGCAGUUGGACGUGACGGCUAGAGAGCUGGAAAUCACCAAUGAGAAGCUGGUGUUGGAGAGCAAAGCCUCCCAACAAAAAAUAGACAGGUUGACGAACACCAUGGAGAUGCUGCAGGGUCAGGUGGACACACUGACCGCUCGUGUGGAGGAACUGCGAACGCUCGAGGAGCUUAGAGUUCGCCGAGAGAAAAAAGAGAGACGGAAAACUGUGCACUCGUUCCCUUGCCUUAAGGAGCUCUGCACAGCACCCAGGUAUGAAGACAGAUUCAUGGUGUCAGACCCAGGCAGCGGUGACCUACAGGAACGGAGGCCUGUAGACGAGGAGAACGAGCACCUGCGCGCCCUGGUGGCAUCUCUGCGUGCGGCUGUAUCGGCCGAGCGUGGACGGCGGGAGAACGCCGAGCGUGAAUGCACUGCCGUGCUGCAGGAGUUUGAGCAGCUGGAGCAGAGGCUGAUGGGUGCAGAAGGAUGCCAGCAGCGUGUUCAUGAGCUUGAAGCAGAACUUCAAGAGUUGCAGCAGAUGCGCAAAUCUCGUGCCUCCCUUUUGGUUGCUGAGGACGGCCUGGAGCAGACGUUGCUCAACAGCGCCCCCGAGACAGACACCAUUGAGGGUGUCGAAGGUGCCGCUCAGGACAGCGCCGGCGAGCCGCCAGUGCGCAAGAGCUGCAGUGACACCGCGCUGGACGUCAUCUCGGCGGUGGACGCCUCGGGCAGACGAAAGGGCAGCUACGCGCUGCAUGCCAACGGAGUACGCAAACGUGGCAUGUCCAUCUUGCGUGAGGUGGACGAGCAGUACCACGCUCUGCUCGAGAGGUACGAAGAGCUGCUAGGCAAGUGUCGGCGCCACGAAGAGAGUUUGAGGCACGCCGAGGUGCAGACCUCACGACCCGUCUCCAGAGACCCGUCCAUGAAAGAAUGCCGUGCUGCUGAAGCCGUGGCGCAGCCAGGGACGUCACCGCAGACGCCCUCCACGCCCGAGGCCAUGGAGGGAAUCAGCCGUCAGGUGGAGGCCGUGGACAAGCGGCUGAGCCAGAACACGCCCGAGUACAAGGCCCUGUUCAAAGAGAUCUUCUCACGACUGCAGAAGACCAAAACCGACAUCAAUUCCACCAAAGGAAGGAAAAGGGGCAAAAAGGAGAAGUGACUCUUGCCUUUCUGGCUCAAGAGGAAUGAGGUCUUUCAUUCUACUCUAAUUAAGACACUAGUCUUAAUUGUUUAAGGGCCAGAUUUAGUAAGCUAGCAUAUGAAAAGGCAUCAUGCUAGCAUAUAGCUAAUAGCUAGAGUAUUGGGUUUUGUGGGCCAGGUUGAACAAGCCAGGGCUUGAUUGAUGGUCCAUCUUUGGUUAGUUGCAUCAUGGGAGUUACUGAAAUGUUAUUUAAGGAUGCUAUUUACUGUUUAACUAGAAUAAUUAACUAGCAGAUUACCUGUAUUAAAAAGAUGGCUAAUACCUCACUCAAGGGUGGUGUUUAUAUAGUAACAAUACGCCUACGUAAAUCUACUUAAACAGUUAAUAAGGCUUAUUGUAUUUGUCUGAAAGGGUUUGGCAUAAGGCAUAAACUCUGAAAGACCGCUUUUGUCAAUUUUGCAUACUUUAUAGAGAGCUUUUAACUUCCAAAUAUUUGUCCUGGAACAAACUAGCUGAAUGCAAUGUGCCAAGACAACAGAAAAAUACAUUCAAGUCAAUGACACUAACCAAGCAACCCAGGAUAAUUAAAGUACCUGGUGACGAAACACAGAUUUACAGAUAUAAGGUUCUACGAGGGAUUCUACGAGGGAUCUUCAAAAAGUUUCCGCACUUUCAUAUUUUGGUUGGAAACGGUGAGGGCGUGAGGGAGGAGUAGUAAUUGGUCGUGUCUGAGAGAGCUUAUAUAUUAAAAAUAUGGUACAUCAAUUGUUUUUUGAAAUUUGUGCAGAAACCUUUUGAAGAACCCUUGUAGUUGUCGUUCCUUUAAAGUUCAGUAAGACAGAACACUGCUGGAUUCUCUUUAGACUAGUUUCUUAAAAGAAAUGUAACAAAUGUCAUCAAACUAAACUUUAAAUUCCACAUUGUAUGUGUUAUAUCAAAUCUUUUUGUAAUACCGUCUAUGUUCUCCACAAAAAUCACAAGGCUCUACUAUCUAUUUAAUAAGCAAUGUAUCAUAUUGUCUUAGUGUACAUCUGACGAGUCAGGUGGUGGUGAAGUGACAUGUCAGAUAUCAAGACUGAACUGCUUCUAAUUCAGAAUGAGAGAAAACAAACAUAACUGACAAGUCAGGACUAGAAAAUGAGCGAAUUGACUUCAUGAGAGAAUUGUCAGGUCGAUUCAACAAGAACGUUUCUCAAUGUAAGAUUGCAAAUCGUAGGUGUUUUACCUUCCACCAUACACAAUAUUGUGAAAAGGUUUAGAAAAUUUAGAGAAAUCAUAGUCUGUAGCAAGCAAGCAAAGCUGAAAACCACUGUAGAAUGUGUGUGAGCUUCAAGGCUUUUGAUGUUAUAGUGACUUCUAUAGGCACUUGGGCUAAG